UCGGUGUUCAUCGCAGUGUGAUGUCAUACUGCAUGAUCCUGAGUCCUUGGGAGACGCUUUAGGUAGAGCCGGCCGGGGAGGGUCUGCUGGGUGCUGAUGCGGGAUGCUGAAGCGCGCAGGAGGAUGCGGAUUUUAAACUUUGGACUACUCGUCGCCCGUCUGCUCGGCAUUUACAAUCAUUAACACUGUGCAACAUUUGACGCCUUUCUGCUACAUUUUAUCCGUAGAACGCAUGGUUUUUAGGAAAGGCGUGCAUGCAGCAGUCCUGAUUUUUGCGGAUAAUUGGAAUGGGCGGCUGCAGCUGAUUCUAAUGCGAAGUGCAAUGGUGCGCCUGGGGUAAUCUGCCAGCUUUCGGAAACCUACAGUUUUCUGAAUCCGUUUGGAGAAUUUUUCCCUGGUGAUUUUUUCGGCCGUGGGCGCAGAUAGAGAUGGCGGACGUAGCCGAGUGCGGCGUCAAAGUGAUGUGUCGAUUCAGGCCACUGAAUGAAGCUGAGAUCACAAGAGGAGAUAAAUAUAUUCCGAAAUUCAAGGGCGACGACACAGUGGUGAUAACGGGCAAGCCCUACGUCUUUGACCGGGUGCUGCCACCCAACACCGCCCAGGAUCAGGUCUACGACACCUGUGCCAAGCAGAUAGUGAAAGAUGUGCUUGGAGGAUAUAAUGGCACCAUUUUUGCCUACGGUCAGACGUCAUCAGGGAAGACCCACACCAUGGAGGGCAAGCUCCACGACUCCCAGCUGAUGGGCAUCAUCCCCCGCAUCGCACAUGACAUCUUUGACCAUAUCUACUCCAUGGAUGAGAACCUGGAGUUCCACAUCAAGGUCUCCUACUUUGAAAUCUACCUGGACAAAAUACGAGACCUAUUAGAUGUUUCGAAGACCAACCUGGCUGUUCAUGAGGAUAAGAACAGGGUGCCGUACGUUAAGGGCUGUACGGAGCGCUUUGUGUCCAGCCCGGAGGAGGUGAUGGAUGUCAUUGAUGAAGGCAAAGCCAAUCGGCACGUUGCUGUCACAAACAUGAAUGAGCACAGCUCCCGCAGUCACAGUAUCUUCCUGAUCAACAUCAAGCAGGAGAACGUGGAGACUGAGAAGAAGCUGUCAGGGAAGCUAUACUUGGUGGACCUCGCGGGCAGCGAGAAGGUGAGCAAAACUGGAGCAGAGGGAGCGGUUUUGGACGAGGCAAAAAAUAUCAACAAAUCACUGUCGGCCCUGGGGAACGUCAUCUCCGCCCUGGCUGAGGGAACCAAGACGCAUGUCCCGUACAGGGACAGCAAGAUGACGCGCAUCCUGCAGGACUCCCUGGGUGGGAACUGCCGGACCACCAUCAUCAUCUGCUGCUCGCCGUCCGUCUUCAACGAGGCUGAGACCAAGUCUACGCUCAUGUUCGGCCAACGUGCCAAGACGAUCAAGAACACAGUGUCGGUGAACCUGGAGCUGACUGCUGAGGAGUGGAAGAGGAAGUACGAGAAGGAGAAGGACAGGACCCGGAACCUGAAACUCAUGGUGCAGCGGCUCGAGAUGGAGCUGAGCCGCUGGAGGAAUGGAGAGGCCGUGCCUGAGGACGAGCAGCUGAAUGCCAAGGACCAGAAAAACCUGGAGCCCUGUGACAACACUCCCAUCAUCGACAACUUGGCCCCGCCCAUCAGCCUGCUGUCCGCCGAGGAGAAGAGCAAGUAUGAGGAAGACGUCAGGAACCUGUACAAGCAGCUGGAUGAUAAGGACGACGAGAUCAACCAGCAGAGUCAGCUGGCUGAGAAGCUGAAACAGCAGAUGCUGGACCAGGAGGAGCUGCUGGCGUCGACGCGGCGUGACUAUGAGAAAAUCCAGGAGGAGCUUUCGCGGCUGCAGAUGGAGAACGAGGCGGCGAAGGAAGAAGUGAAAGAGGUGCUGCAGGCCCUGGAGGAGCUGGCGGUGAACUACGACCAGAAGAGCCAGGAGGUGGAGGACAAGACACGCGCCAACGAGCAACUGGCAGAGGAGCUGGCACAGAAGACGGCGAGUCUGCAGACUGCCCAGCGGGAGCUGACCCAGCUUCAGGAGCUGAACAGUCACCAGAAGAAGCGGGCGGCUGAGAUCCUGGGCCUGCUCAUGAAGGACCUGAGCGAGAUUGGGGGUAUCAUCGGCACCAAUGACAUCAAAGCGGUGGCAGAGGCUAAUGGUGUGAUUGAGGAGGAAUUCACAGUGGCCCGUCUCUACAUCAGCAAGAUGAAGUCAGAAGUAAAGUCGCUGGUGAACCGCGGCAAGCAGCUGGAGACUGCCCAGGCCGACACCAACCGCAAGAUUCAGGCCAAUGAGAAGGAGCUGGCCGCCUGUCAGCUGCUCAUCUCCCAGCACCAGGCCAAGAUCCGCUCCCUGACGGACUACAUGCAGAAUGUGGAGCAGAAGAGGCGUCAGCUAGAGGAGAGCCAGGAUGCGCUGACGGAGGAGCUGGCUAAGCUGCACGCGCAGGGUGAGGCCCCCCCACCGCAGAGGAUGCACGAGGUCUCAGUGAGGGACAAGGAGAAGGAGCAUGUGAGCCGCAUGCAGGACGCUGCCGAGAUUAAGAGGGCACUGGAGGAACAGAUGGAGAGCCACCGUGAGGCCCACCAGAAGCAGCUGAGCCGACUGCGUGACGAGAUCGAGGAAAAGCAGCGGAUGCUGGACGAACUGAAGGACUUAAACCAGGGGCUGCAGCUGGAGCAGACCAAACUGAAGACCGACUAUGAGAAGCUCAAGGCUGAGGAGCAGGAGAAGGACGUCGAGCUGAAGGACCUCAUCUUGUUCAACGAGAAGAAGGAACAGGCCACCCAAGACCUCCGAGGCCUCGAGGAGACGGUGGCCCGGGAGCUGCAGACCCUCCACAACCUGCGUCGGCUCUUUGUCCAGGACCUUACGACCCGCGUGAAGAAGAGCUCUGAGCUGGACUGUGAUGAUGCUGGUGGCAGUGCUGCCCAGAAGCAGAAGAUCUCUUUCCUGGAGAACAACCUGGAGCAGCUGACCAAGGUCCACAAGCAGCUGGUGCGUGACAACGCAGACCUGCGGUGCGAGCUGCCCAAGCUGGAGAAGCGUCUGCGCGCCACAGCCGAGCGCGUCAAGGCGCUGGAGUCAGCGCUGAAGGAGGCCAAGGAGAACGCGGCGCGCGACCGCAAGCGCUACCAGCAGGAGGUGGAGCGCAUCAAGGAGGCCGUGCGCGCCAAGAACAUGGCCAGGAGGGGGCACUCCGCGCAGAUCGCCAAGCCCAUCCGCCCGGGACAACACCCAGCCUCCAGCCAGGUGAUCAACAACGCCAUCCGCGGGGGUGGAGGAGGGCUGUGCUGCCACAACAAGAAGUAGGCGAGAGGACAGGUACAGCAGUUUGUGUACAGAUGCCCCCCCCGGCUCCCCCACAAUUCCAUUUGAUCUCUGCACCUGCCUGAGACACUUCACCUCUCCCUCCUCAUCUGGAAGCUUCCUUUCACCACAGUCGUUCUUCAGAACCCUGCCAUCCCCUAACCCCAAUAUGGCCUGACGCACUCUAGGUAUCUUCUCCAUGGAGAGCUGGAUGCCCCCCCCCUUCUUUAUUUUUUCCCCCUCCUCUCUCUCCUCCAUCCUUCCUGAUGGAGCAGCAUUGCGUGAUGCCUUGACAUAACUGUUCAUUCGCUGUUUCUGUCAGUGACUCCAUGAUUUGUGUUUUGAAUUUGCUGGUGGAGGAUCAUGCUGACCUUCGAAUUAAAUGGUAUCUAGAAUAUCCGAUCGAAGUGAAUUGAUCCCUUCGAUAUUUGUGCAGGAUAACCUUCCGCCGGCCUCGUUUGACAUGAUUAUUAUGGUUUGUCAGGAAGUGCACCAGGCGGCGAUGUUAGCAUUUUGGGGAGACAUGCAGGUCUCGUUUUCAGUGCACCUGCCCACUUUGAGUAAGAGAUGAAGUGAUUCAGCGCUGGUAGAGAGAAACUGAAAGUCUGGGCUCAGUGGCCCCCCCUCACUGUAAGCAGGCUUGUUGUUUGCCAUUGAACAUGCUUGUCGCUUUGAGGGGGGUGACCUUAUUCUGUGGUUUGCACUUUAUUUCUCACUGGAUUUAUUUUUUCCAUUCAUUAGAACAUCUCUGUUACUGUGAUUAAUUUAAUAAAGAUUUUGUAUUUUUCUAUUUUGUUCAUCUUUUGCUCUCAGUUUUCCUUCUUUAUUUUUAUCUUCACACCACAAUGUCUGACCCCAGAGUGCCCGCCCUCAGGAACUGACUUGCAGAAAUAUUCCCCUGUAAUGAUUUUGGGGGGCAGGAUAUCCAAGGGGGGGAGUUUGUGACACCUGAGCCCCUGGAAUCUGAGUUCUGUGUCUCUGAGUUCAGCCCGACUGCAGUGAUGCUGAUUAACCACUCAGUCCAUCCUGCAGCCACAGUGUGGGCUGACUGACACUGCCGCCUGCUUUAACCCUCACCAUGUAGCCGCUUUAUACAGCUGAUUAGCUGGAGAGGCGUAGCUUGAAUGGUCCGGAAAGAUGUGGCUACGAAUCCCCGGGAAUCUCCAUCUAGGAAGCCUGCGUCCUGUAUCCACUUUAUUCAGCUUCAAUUAACUCCAAGCUGCAGAAUGCUAGCAGGACUCUUUCUAGGCAAGUCAGGUUUCAUUUUCCACUGAGACCUUCAUGCCGUAAACCAGGCACCUGACUUUCCCUACGAUUUCCGUCUUACGAUAUUUUUAUUCACGGCCUAAAACGUCAGGGUAUGUAAAUCAAAUCACUGUUAUGAGCUUAACGUGGGUCUUUCUAAAACUCUUGUUUCUGUUAACGUCUGGCUGAUGUUUCCCCCGAACCUCCAUUGUGGAGAGUGCUUCCCCUAACACGUUUGCGACUCAGAGGUGAUUUUUGAACGAUCACAGUCGAUCAUGUUUUACUGUUUGUCCGUCAUCAGUUCAGUCAUUUCCUCCUGCUGAAAUCGCAGCCUUGAAUGAUGUAAAAUGUAAAUCAAAACCAUGACGCUGUAGAAAAUCAUCAUUUCUGAAUUGUACAGUUUUUGUUUCACCCGGUGUUUGUUUAUGUUGUAAUUUUGUUGACAAAUUGCUCAACAGGAAAGAUUUGUUUUAACAUUUUUUGUUCAUACUUGCACUAAUUUAAAAUAUAUAUAUAUGUAUUUCUUUUGUAUAAAAAUUUGCUAUUUUAGAGAAUUUAAGGAUAGGUUAAUGUAACGGAUUUUGCCAGGCUGAUAGAUGAAGGUAUUAAAUUAGUACAGUAACUGUACCUCACAGGUUUGUCAUUGCACGACUAUAUAAAGUUUAAUCCUACUUUGUCCCUCAUUGAUUAUCGCUUUAAUGUGCAUCGCUUGCUGCAAGACGUGUCGUUUUCCCGUUACCCAUUAAAAACACUGGCAGAUUUCGUGAAUACAUGAUGUAAAUGAUCACGAUGAAAUGAAUAAAUAAACCGCUAAACUUUUAUCA